CAGGGGGAGCCUCGCAGUCACAUUAUCGUAUUAACUGGUUUAUGUGCGGGGGCCACGGGGGCCACGGGGGCCAAUGGACGAGUUUGUGAAAAAGCAACUGGAGCUUCUGGGAGAGGAGAGAGAGGCCGAGAUCGAGCAAUCAAGAGCGUGGCAGGGAAGUGUUUCCUUAAAGGAGCUCCAGCGGAAAGGAGUUUGCCUUUUGAAGCUUCAGGUUGCCAGCCAAAGAACCGGCCUCUAUGGACGUCUCCUCGUCACCUUCACCCCCAGGAAGUUUGACUCUGAAGCAGUCCUGCCGAGUAACAGCUUUUCGUCAGGUGACAUUGUGGGGCUUUAUGAUUCAAACAGUCCCACUGAACCUCUUGCCACAGGGAUAGUGGCAGGGGUCACACAGAAGACUAUUAACGUGGCCUUCGACGAUUCCAGUAACGACACAUUAAUCUUGGGCACUGAAUGUACGUACAGGCUUCUCAAACUGGCAAAUGAUGUCACGUACAAGAGAAUUAAAAGGGCUUUGACCACUUUGGGUCAGUACCAUUCUGGACCUGCCUUUGACCUGAUCAACGUCCUGUUCUGUUCUUCUGAGCCCAGUAGUUUUGUGCAGCCAAGAGCUUUGGAGUUUUACAAUCCGUCGUUGGACGAUUCACAGAAAGAAGCCAUAGCUUUUGCUCUUGGUCAGAGAGAAGUUGCUAUUGUCCAUGGUCCUCCUGGGACUGGUAAAACCACCACAGUGGUGGAAAUUAUCCUCCAAGCUGUGAAGCAAGGGCUGAAGGUCCUCUGCUGCGCUCCUUCUAACGUGGCGGUAGACAAUCUGGUAGAGCGCCUAGCGGUAUAUAAAGAAAAGAUACUACGCCUGGGUCAUCCUGCGCGGCUGCUGGAAUCCCUACAACACCAUUCUCUGGACGCUGUACUAGCGCGUAGCGAUAAUGCGCAAAUUGUAGCUGAUAUCCGUAAGGACAUCGACCAGACCUUUGCAAAAAUGAAAAAGCUACAGCGGAAGGACGAGAAGAGCAAUUUUAAAACAGAAAUUAAAGCUCUCCGAAAAGAGCUGAAGAGCAGAGAAGAAGCCGCGAUGAUAGAGACGCUAAAAAAAGCCAACGUAAUCCUGGCCACCAAUACAGGUUCCUCGUUAGACGGGCCUCUGAAAUUGCUUCCCGAUAAUUACUUUGACCUGGUGGUAAUUGAUGAAUGCGCCCAAGCGCUGGAAGCCAGCUGCUGGAUCUCGUUGCUGCAGACCAAAAAGUGCAUCUUGGCCGGUGAUCACAAACAAUUACCCCCCACAAUCAUAUCUCACAAGGCUGCAGCCGACGGUCUGUCUCUAAGUUUGAUGGAGCGGCUGAUUGCGAAGUACGGAGAUGCGGUAGUGAGGAUGCUAACCGUCCAGUACCGGAUGAAUCAGUCCAUAAUGCGGUGGGCUUCCAGUGAAAUGUACGGGGGGCGAUUAACGGCACAUUCUUCUGUUGCACACCAUUUGCUCAAGGACCUGCCAGGAGUGUCAUUAACAGAGGAGACGAGCAUCCCGCUGCUUCUGAUUGAUACGGCGCAUUGUGGUCUGUUUGAAAUUGAUGUGGAAGACGAGCAAUCUAAGGGGAAUCCAGGUGAAGUCCGUCUGGUGGAUUUGCACAUACAGGCUCUCACGGCGGCAGGCGUGAAACCGCGUGAUAUUGCAGUAAUAGCACCGUAUAACCUGCAGGUGGAUAUGUUGAGGCAGUGUCUCCGUCAGAGGUAUCCGGACCUAGAAAUCAAAUCUGUGGAUGGCUUUCAAGGAAGGGAAAAAGAAGCUGUUGUAUUAUCUCUUGUGAGAUCAAACGCUAAAGGCGAAGUGGGAUUUCUGGCCGAAGACAGAAGGUUGAACGUGGCCAUUACCCGUGCGCGCCGCCACGUUGCUGUUAUAUGCGAUACCCAUACCGUUAGCAGCCACAAGUUUCUUAAAGGUAUGGUGGAUUACUUCAACAAACACGGAGAAGUCAGAACCGCCUUUGAAUACCUCGAGGACGUCGUACCCGAAAAAUAUUCCCAAGAGAACGGAAAUGUCCGCAAGCAAGAAACCGAAGCCAAGAAAGCCCCCGGUACGAGGAGUAAGGGGCCAGCUAACGAGAAAAAGGAAAGGAAUAUUAACAAAAGCAGUAAGGCAAGGGACAAAGCGAAGCGGGAAGACUCCAAGGAGAGCUUUCCGCACGAUGAGGAAUCGGAGGUAAGCGCUGAAAACGGUUCCAAUGAAGACAGUCUGAGAAAAACGAUUGAAGAUUUUAUGAAGGACCCUCAUAAGACGCACUUGGCUUUCCCUUCAAGCCUCACAUCGCAUGAUAGAUUAUUGGUCCAUCAGAUAGCAGAAGAAUGGGGCUUACAGCAUGUGAGCGCGGGAGACGGCAAGGAAAGAUGUAUUUCGGUUGCCAAAACCAAAGUCGUUUCGGAAGAUGCGGUAUCUCCGAAAAUGGAUGACACGAGUCCCGAGAAGGAUUUUCAAUUACCGGAAUCGGAAAAGGCAAAGAGCGACCGGGAGAUAAGCCGCGGCGCAGCCUCGCGUAACAUUGACCUGAAAGCGCUGCACGCGGAAAGAAUGCAACGGGAGAAGCAAAGGCUUGAAGACCAAAACCGAAAGAGACAACAGGGCGCAGCUCAAAAACCCUCGGAGAAGAAGAAAUCCAACGCAAAAAGUAAAACCGAUGCUGUUUCCACAGCUAUCGUUGGCGACGACGACGCAGGGUUUGAUGCAUUAAUCGCUGCCACAGUGAAGGCAGACAAGACGUGUGGUUUUAGUACAUGUAAAGCGAGCGUCGUCACAGUGGGAGAUUUCUGUGUACACUGCAACAAACGCUUCUGCCUCAGCCACCAUAUUCCAGAGGUUCAUGGAUGUGGGGAAAGGGCCAAAGCCAACGCGCGGACGAGGAUCAGCCGCGAAGGAAUCAUUUAUGCAGGAAGCGGGCAUAAAGACCACUCGUUGGAUCCAACGAAAAAGGCUCACUUGCAGAGGAAAUUGGACAAGAAAAUAAAUGAAUUAACAAAUCAGAGAAAAACUAAAAAGAAGGACAAAUAAAUGAUCGUUACUCAAUAAAGUAUUUGUCAGAGAAGACCUAAAAUUAAGGAAUAAUAAAUUAUUUUCACAUAAUAAAUAUUUAAACAUGAGAUUUUACUUAAAA